UCGGCUCCGUUCCUUUCUUAUGCCAAAAGAUCAGGAUACUGGCAUAACAACUUAACAAGUGCCCGAUCAUAAUAUUCAUAAUAAAGAUUACAAAAACAGUACUUACGGUCUGCAAAAUCAUGCAGUCGUCGAGUUUGACGUCGAUGCAAAUGUUGGAUCCGCAAUUCGUCGACUGCAGACGACGCGGCUAAGGAGAUUUCGUUUAUUCGUUCAACAUUGCACCGAUCAAGUGCGGAUAUGGCAACGUUCGUGUCAAGAGUCAAUCAGAUCGAUGCCGUGCAGCUCGACGAUGAGAUCUACAAGGUCCUGCGAAGUCAAACGGACGAGAUAACCAAGUAUUUCGCUCCGGGAAAGGUAGUCAAGUGGCGGCCGGAGAUCGACGUUCUCGUCAAGUAUCUGAUAUGGAACUACUCGCUGAAGACCAACAGCUCGAGCUUCGGCCAGAGGCUGCUGAAUUUGUCCUACAAGAAUUUGGAUAGAAGAAAAGCUGUGCUGCUGUUUUUGUUCUUAUCGAUACCCGAUUACCUUCGGGAGAGACUGGUGAACGAGAACUUCAUUCUGGAGAGGUUGCCGUCCAACUACCAGAGAAGCAAGUACAAGGGUUACAUCCAACAGGUGGACAACUUCUUCCAUCUGUUGAAUUUUAUUUGGACUUUCUUCUUUCUACGCUUGGGCAAUCAGCCACGAUAUGUGGAAAAACUCUUGGGUAUUUACAAUCAAUCUUCCACCAUGAACAAACCCAGAUCCAUCGGAUACUCAUACAUGACCAGGGAACUGCUGUGGCACGGUUUGAUCGAACUGUUCACCAUCAGCUUGCCGAUGAUAGACUUUCGGCGCAUUCAAAAGUUGUGGAACAGUCUGUGGUUACCCAAGAAGAAAGAGAAAAGCAUCGUUGUUAAUUGUAAACUGGAGGCAAAUGCAAUAUGCUCUUAUUGCAGUCAACCACCAAUUUUACCCAGGUGGGCAGGCUGCCCCCACGUUUUUUGUUAUUAUUGUUUAGAGGCACUAUUUACCAUCAUGGAUCCUUACAAAUGUCCAAUUUGUGAUGACCAAUUAUUUUCCACUGAUAUGAAGACAUAUUUGAAUGUUUGAUACUUUUGUAUAAAUUUAAGACUUUAUUAAAAAUAGUGAUACAAAAAAUUGUUUUUUUCUUAUAUCAAACCAACAAUCAUCAAUAUGAAGGUAUUAGCAUUCAUUAUCGUAAUAAAGUAUAAUUGUAUAUUAGGUAUGUAUGUAGAGUGUGCACGCGUACAGAAAAAUACACUCACAUUCCCAUAUUUUUGUGUAUAUCCAUUUGAAUGCUAACAAACUAAUCAUUAUAGAUACAUCAUUUUAAAAAAAUAUCAUUCUUAAGUCUUAUAAAAUGCUUCUUCCCAUGACGCAUUGAUUGUAACAUAUACACAUAAGAGCCAAAAUGCUUCAUUUACCAAAACACAACAUGAACAAUUAAAAGACUGUCUUCUGGUUCUCGUCUGUCUAUAUAGUCAACUACUAUUUUUCCCACAUGUUAAUGAUCUGCUUUCUAUUUGGUACCAUAUAGUAAAUUCUCUCUCUUUAACAUUACUUUAUUUUACUACAUUUUUUAUAACUAUGAUUAACAGUUCAACAACAAUAUUUAAUAACAAAAUCAAAUUGUAGUAGAAUAAAAGAAAUUAUGAAAUUAAUUAAUGAUACAAAUAUGUAGCUGAUCAACAUGCGAGGAAAAUAAAGCUAACCAUUGCUGGAUUUUACAUGAUUAAAAACGGAAAAAUCGGUGAUUGUUUUUGUCAUGAUCUUUGCCCAAAAGCAAGAAAUGUCAAAAAGUCUGCAGUUUUACAAAAAUGUAUGGUGUAUUAAUCCGUUAUUCAAUCAUUGUGGCUCGUAUGCAUUUUUCAAAAUCGCAGUCAGGUGCUUUACUGCAUACCUCAAUUAAUAUAGUCUCAUGUUAACGCUAAUACUUAAUCAUUUAUUUAUGUAUAAAUUUAAUUUCCAUUCCUUCUUUGUAUAAUUUAUUUUCUUCUAAUUUUUCUUGUAACCAGCGCACCACGCGAAGGAACAAAAGGCACCUUGGUAAUUUCAUGUUUCACCUUAACGCACGUAUCGCAAGGGUUUUAUCACCAUCAUCAAUUGUAAACACCCUAGACGCUCUUACAUCAAGUACAAUAAAUCAUUGAGAAGAAGAAAUAAUAGUACGCUUGUAAACAAUCACAUAGACACAUUUUAGCUUACUAACGAUAGUUCACGCGUAAUUCAUUCGAAAACAUAUUUCAAUAAUUAUCUCAAGCAUAUUACCAACAACAAUAAUAAACGCUUAAAACUGUACAAGCUUAGUCAACAACUCUCAGCGGUAAAAUCGUUCGUUAGGUAAACUCAAAAAAUUCUGUUUGAGAAUCGGGUUCUAUUGCAAAUUUAUAAAUAACGAACAGAAUUUUAUUAUCAAACGCUUUCCGACAGCUGGUAUUAACGUGAGUUUUACCUAACGUUACAUUUGUUUG